GUGAGAGGCAGGAUGCUGACGAGUAGAAGUGGUCUUCAGUGUUCAGCAGUCAAUUCCAAAGGCCCCUUUCCGUUGGGUCCUUUCCCGAGACACAUCUGGAUCCAUCACAACACUCCUCUUGACAGCUUGGAUAAAGCCUGUCAUGAGAUCUGGAAAAGGGUCCAAGGUCUUCCUGAGGAACUCCAACCAAGAUCCUCUUCACCGCUUCUUCAGUUUAGCUGCCCUCCCAUCCCAUCUUCAGAGACCCUCAUAGAAGACAACAGCAGCACCAGCAGCAGCUCUCAAAAGGAAUCUUUGGAAACCAGCAUUGGCAAAGAUGAAAUUUCCUUGCUGGUUGAGCAAGAAUAUUUGAGUCUCACCCAGGAGAACACAACCGAACUAGAGUUACAGAGGCUGGAAGACGACAAGGCAGCCUCUGUUCCUUCAGUUCAAGGUCCAUCUAAUAACAAUCUUAUGACAUUUUCUGAUGGAGACCAGACAUUAGAGGAGAGGGAAGCAGUGCAAAAUGUCUACAGAGCUCUCACUGGAAACAAAAGGGAGAUGAAACUGAGGUCCAUCUGUGAUGUCCAGCUGUCCACAAAGUCCACCGUCACGGGCAUCCUGCUGCCCGCAAAAUACAUCUACAAGAGUGCCAAAAACGCAGAUGGUGGUAACAGUAACACGAUGGGUUCCAACACUCAGAUUGCCAAGCUCUUGGCACAGUUCCCACUGAAACGUGUGGAGGCAGCCAAAGUUCUGGACAAUAAGAUGGUGGCUGAAGAAACCAAGUUGAUCAAAGACCUCUUGCAAAACAAUAUGAUUGGGUCUGCUGCCCACAAAGACAGUUUUACAAGGCCGGCUUCGAUAAUGACAGUGGCCGAAAGUCAAGGAACUGGGCAGAAGAAGCAGCUCCCCGUGUUUGCCAAGAUCUGCUCAAAAACAGAACCUGAACUGUUUGUCGACGGGCUCUGUCAAAACAAUGCAACUUCAGCAGCCAUGGAUAAGAACAAUCUGAAGUACAAUGGGAAUGUUUUCACUCCACGGUUCCCAACAACCUCGACAACUACUACAUUGAAACACCCACUGUGGCUUAGCCUGAAUUAUCCUCCACCUCCCAUUUUCCCAAACCACUCAAGCUUCCCACAGUACCAGAGUUUGUAUCAGCAAAGAGCACGGAUCCCGUACCAGCAGACAUUACACCCUCAGCUGGGGUGCUACUCCAGACAGGUAACUCCUUACAACCCCCAGCAACUCUUCCGCUCACCUUACACACCUGUGCUCAGCUACAUCCCACUGGUUCAACCUGGUUACUCUUACCAGCAGAGGACCCCAGCCAAACCAGCCAACAGUGUCCGUGAUCCCCCAGCCAUGGCAGGUGAUGGGCCACAAUAUCCAUUUUCUCCUUCUUAUGGGUUUACGACUACCACUGCUGGACCUGUAAGAACCAACCCAUAUUUCUCUUCCAAUGGAGGCGGCAACAGUUUUUAACUCUUUUUGGUUAUUUAUUUGAAGAUAAGCAUCUUUUGAGGACAGUGAGAAAUGCUUGGAGUUUUGCAAGGACUUGUAUUUAAAACAUUUGCCCUGAAGUUAAAGAAUCAUUCUCCAAGUGAGUCCACAUAAUUUCAGAGCAAGGAGGAUCAAUGAGUGGUCAAUUCUUCCAACAGAGCAGAAUUUUGUUUACCUGGAAUGUAUGAAAUACUCGUUUAGAAAGUUAUCAUUUUUCUUUUUUAGGAUAGAGAGAGAGAGAAAGAGACAUUUUCAAAGUUUUAUUUAUGACCAAUACCUGUGCUACAUAAAACUGAAUUUUGCUGUAAUAAAGAUGGCUGAU